GCAGCUGCCCCAUUCCCCAGCUCGCUGUUGCAUUGUGAAAAAGUGAGCUUUGCCAGUGUGUCCGAGGCAGUAGCUCGCUACCAGUCUGUACCUACAGCUUCAGCCUUUAACAGCAAAGGAUCGAGCGAGUGAGUGCUUCCAAACUCGGAGAGAACAAGCCUGCGGGAGCAUCAGCUCAAUGCAAACUGAGGGUCAGUGAAAUAUGAAGGCCUGUAUUGAUGAAUGUUGGGCAAGACAAAGGUUGGAUUCAUCUGGAGGAUGUGAUUUAUUCCUGACCUGUGAAGACUUGCCAGCAAAGAAUGGCGCCUUGAGCUUCUGUUGGGUUCAUUGGAACUGUGUGUGUGACCUUUUUAAAAAUGCAUUGUGAAAUCUGGAAAACGCAGGAAUUUGAAGGUGUUGAAGUGAGACAGUUACUUUGUUGCAGCAAUUUUGGUGAUCAGUUUAGAAGUCUGACUGCCGAUUGAGAUGGAAUAGUUCCUAACAAGCUGAGUAAACUCAGAGCCGCAGUAUUGAAUUCAGGAAACUUGGUCUGUGCUUUCUGUUCACCUGGGCCUCAACUGCAGCAUUUACAUCCAAACCCUUCUCCAGUUAUCUCAGUAAUGGGCAGGAAAUGUCGCAAUGGAAAAGGAAUGCUAUGUCUAUCUUGGCGAUUAUAAGAAGGCUUAGAUCCGCCUGAAUACUGAAUCCUAGAGGCUGGCUAGAAAUUUGUCACAGUGUUACUCUCCAGUGUCUCCCUUGGAUUCCUGAGGGUCCAUGGCUGCAAUCCAAACCUUGUUCACAUCCAGUGAUCACAGCAGCCAUUGCAGCAACCUGUAUCCUUGUACCCCAGGCAACAGCAAGUGCAUCAUGGGAAGCGUCAGUAGUCUAAUGGCUGACAAACAGGACCUCCUAGGUGAUGGCCUGAAGAGCAACAGAAAUGGGAGUGCUCACAGUGUCAGGCAGCCUGAUGGGUUGCUUAAAAAGGGGUUAAACCAGAGAGAGUUACUCAACUACCUGAACAGCACGAAAAAGGGAGCAAAAACUGAGAAAAGGAUUGCAUCUGGGAGUUCUUCCAUGGAACGCUGUCGAAAGGAUGGCCAACAUGAGAUUUAUGGCAAAACAUCUUAUAAAGACGGAAAGGAGAUUGAUUUGUCGAAGAAUUCACUUCCGGUUGGAGGGAAAUUUGAAAAGUCUCGAUUCCGAUCCUCUGCCUUCAAGCCUGUGGUGCCAAAGAACUUCAGUUCGAUGCAGAAUCUAUAUCCGCAGCAGAGCAAGGAACUGUUGGACAGCACAGCCAGUCUCAACAUCUUCACCAAGACGGGCCAUUCGUCUCUGAGGAAUGGAGAGGAAAAGCAGGAAUACUUCAGGAGCGCCAGCCAGGAGGAAGACAUGUCUGACUCUGGGCGGAACUCCAUGACGAGUCUGCCUCCGUGCGGAACAGGCCUGAAGCAUCAUGUCGGACAGAUCAGUGCUUCCAUGGGCCAAAUCAACCACAUUGGGUCAAGCUACGUUGAUGGGGCAUCCAAGGAGGCAGCAAACUCAGACAGUGGCCGUUUCUCCUGUAAGAGCAUGGCCGCCCUGAACCGGCCGAACCCCCAGGGCCACACGUCGCCAUCUUGUGAGCUCUCGAGGUCGAUGGAGGAUGUGGUCCGGGAACUGGAGGAGCGGCUCCGCGAGAAGGAGGUGGAGCUGAAACACGUGAGGAGGAAUUUGGAUGAGAGCGAGGACGCCAUUGCCCAGGUGUUUGAGGAUAAACAAAGGCUGUGGGAGAGGGAGAUGGAUGAGCUGAAGCGAGUCUAUGCCACCAAGCUGCGCCAAGUGAGCCAGCAAGCGCAGUGUACACAGCGAAGCCUGCAGCUACAGCUCUUCAAGGUGCAACAGGAGAAGAGGAAGCUGCAGGAGGACUUUGACAACUUAUUGCAGGAAUGUGAGCAGCUCAAAGGCCGGUAUACAUCCUACAGAAAGGAGCAGGACGACUUAACCCCGAAGCUUGAGGAGAGCAAGUGGGAGGUCUGUCAAAAGGCUGGUGAGAUCGCCAUGUUAAAGCAGCAGCUCCGAGAUUCUCAAGCGGAGGUGGCAGAGAAAUUGAGUGAAUUGUUCAGCCUGAAGACGCUACUCCGUGAGGUGCGAGUGGAGCUUUGUACCAAAGAUGAGCAGUUGCUACUGUUAAAAAACUCUCUGCAGGCACAGUCCAUCCAGUUAGCUCAGAGCACUAAUGCUCUGCAGCAACAGGAGGAAGCCAUUUUACUCCAAGAAGCCUCUCUGAGGAGUGAUGGAACGUCUGAAGAGAUGAAGACCUUCCUGAGUGGGGAGACGGACGAUCUGAAGGCGAGGGGCCUUCAGGCAGACAGUGCUCAAGCCCUGGCCCUCCAGGUCGAGAGGCUGAAAGCAGAGCUGCUGUUGGAGCGCAGGCAAUGUGAAGCUCAGGCUGCUAGCUUUGAAAUGGAACGGAGCACCUGGCUGGAUGAGAAGGAGAAGGUAAUCCAGUAUCAGAAACAACUGCAGUCCAGCUACUUAGAGAUGUACCAAAGAAACCAAGUCUUGGAGCAAGAAGUUCAGGAGAUUGCAGCCAAAAUGGAACUAGCAGACACUGACGCCAAGCAAACCCUUCCAUGGAUAGAAAGAAUUGAAUCCUCUGAAAUCUGACAGCGACUGAGCGAUGAAACUGUAUCACUCAGUGUCUACCUGUCCGAAAGUUCAUUUAAAAAGAUAAUUUCUGUAUAGUGCGGGGUUCCUCAACUAUAUUUUACACAGGGUGAUGGGUGUAGCUUUGGGGGCAAUAGUGCCGACUUGGGCAUGCACAGAGAGGGGAUGUCGUCUUGGCAAGUGUCUGCUUUCUGAAAGGGGAUGGUGAGGGGAGUAGAGCAGUGGAACGACAGCAAAACAGCUUGGAAAUCUUGGGUUCCUUUUGGUUUUCAGACAUCAUCUGUGCAGGCAGGUGACUGGAUAUUUCCCAGCUUUAGCGAAUGCUGCACACACCUUGCAUACUCUUCAGUAGUUGCAAACAAGGCUGACACAAGCCAAUUUUGUGUUCAAACCCAGAAUGCUUCAGAAUGUGAAAUGAUCAAAGGCCAAUAUUUUUAUACAUUCAAAAAAAAAUAUAUUUACCAUCACAGCAAAGUGAUAAGUUAUUGCAAUUUCUCUAACCAGUAAUUUGAAAUCACAAAUUAGUUAAAUUCCCUCUUCCUGCAGAUUAAAAGCUGCAGUGAGGUUAACAUAGUUGUUAUGUAGUGAUGCUGACUUUAGUUAUUGUUAAAAUUAUGAUUGUUUAAGUAUUUCUCCAGGCCAGUGGAAAUUAUUCAGAAUCUUACGUUAUGAUUCCAGCUGAUAUUGUUAUUGGACAGCUCAGAUCCCAAAUUGAAAUCUGGCUUUUUUAAAUGAGGUGGUCUUUCACUGAAACGCAAACAUGCAGUGCCGCAGAUUUCGUUUUAAUAACACGAGUUUUUUUUAAUGCAAAUUAGAAGAUGAAGGAAACAAUAGAAUAAACCAAAGUAUUUACAUACAACACAAGUUUAAAAAGUUGAAAAUUCAGUAAGAUGCAAUCUCAUUAGUUCCAAUAGCAUUCCUUUAUUGUACUCAUAGUAGAGAGAAGCCCUUUCUCUAUCUCCUCUAAAGGACUUAGAUUAACUUUAGGUUAACUUUCAAUUCCCAGUCCCCAGGAUCUAAUAACCUUUUCCGUAAGUUUUCAGUCAACUGGUAUUAAGAGUUUUUCAGUUUCAAAGUUUUAACCAAACAUUUCUGGUCUGGACUUUCCAAACCAACUCCUCCUUACACUGAGGUAGCUUAUUUCUUAACAGUUCUAAAAUAUCUCCCUUAUUCAGGAACAAUUAGUGUCAUCAAAAUGCUAGAGUGCAGGUGUUUGGAUAAUUUCGGACUGUUUGCAUUAUGUUUUUGCUGCUGGGAUCGGGCUUCCAGAACUAUUGUUAAAGAUUAACUCCCUCUGGCUGUUCUGGUCCUGAUCACAAUGAGUCUCAAUACUCCGUUUGGAUCCAUAGCAAUAAACUAAAAGUGGCCAAAAUUUGAUGUUUGUCAGUCAGACAACAGGAUUUAUUCUAGUGUAGCUAAAGGGGUGCAUCUCUGGGGUUAAGGUUAAAAUUGAAUGUUCAGCUGAAUUAGGGGAAGCAUUAUUUUGCAUCUCACCCAUGCUUUUCUAUUAUAGUGUCAUAGAGUCAUACAACACGGAAACAGACCUUUCGGUCCAACCAGUCCAUAUUGAAAAAUAUUUAAAAUGUCUUUUAAACAUUGUAGCUGUACCUGUAUCCACCACUUUCUCUGGCAGUUCAUCCCACACACGAACUACAUUCUAACAAAAAAAAAGCCUCUCAUGUCUUUUUUAAAUCUUUCUCGUCUCACCUGUCCCAGCAUAUCCAGCCUCUCCUUAUAACUCAAACCCUCCAUACCUGGCAACAUCCUGGUAAAUCUGUUCUGAACUCUCUCCAGUUUAAUAAUAUCCUUCCUAUAACUGGGCGACCAGACCUGGACACAUUAUUCCAGAAGAGGCCUUACCAAAGUCCUGUACAACCUCAACAUAACGUCCCAACUCCUAUACUGAAAGGCCUGAGCAAUGAAGGCAAGCAUGCCAAACGCCCUCUUAACCACCUUAUCUAUAUGUGAUGCAAGCUUCAAAGAAUUAUGUACCUGAACCCUUUGGUCUCUGUUCUACAACACUGCCCAAAGCCCUACUUUUAAAUGUAUAAGUCUUUUCUUUGUUUGUUUUACCAAAAUGUAAUACCUCGCAUUUUAAAUUAAACUUCAUUUCCCACUCUUCGGCCAUUGACCCAAUUAGCACAAAUACCUGCAUUGGGUGCAGGUUUCACGAGGAAAAUUGUAAAUUUACUGUCAAAGCGCGGGUGUUCCCUGUCAAUUUCAUUCUUGGCUUGGAUUCCUAGUUCUGUUCCAAACCCAGGAAUACCUCCUGAUGGUCUCCUGCCCUUUCCAGGUUCCAUAUGGAGCAACUGCCCCAGUUAUCUGAUGGAAUUAUAUAGAAUUACAGCAAGAAACAGGCUGAUCUGGUUAUGCUUCACUGAUGUUUCCCUCCCACCUUGCAUGUUUCCUGCUGCUUCCAUUACAGUCACCUCAAAAUGUGGUUAUUUUCUAGUGUGGAGCACCAUGUGAGGAAUGGUCAAACCACAAUGGCGUCAAACCCUACCCUAUUUCAUAGUUAGACCAGGGGAGAGAGGAGAGAUUGUGUUUCUGUUUCAUCAUGAAAUGCCUUCGGCAGAUCUUCCACAUGUAUUUAUUUAUGAACUAUAACAUUUAAAAAAGUUUUAAAACCAGGACUGAAUGAAGCUGCCCUGUGACUCUAUGUUCAACCCUGAAUACAGUGGUUUAGAUGGUUAGUGCAAUUUUAGAUUUUGCGAAACUCAUAGUUAUUUUGUUUCUCUUAAUGAUGGCCCUUGAGCAUUUGGUUACUUGGCCUUGUAGGUUCGGAGCUUCUCACAUUUGUUUUAAUUUGGAACCUGUCUGAGGUUGAUGUGAGAAUCGGCUUUGAAUUUUGAGAAAUCUGGUUUAACCUGAAUAUUCUCACUGCCUGCUUUCCUGUAAGUGGUGUUUAUACAGGAUGACCCAGUCUACAGCAAUGUAGACAUUACAUCUCUUUAUGAAAUCCUGCUCCACCAAUGACUCUGGAGGUUCAUAAAAUAUAUGCAGCAGGGGGCCGUUUGGCCCAUUGUGCUGGUGAUACCUCUUUGAAAAAGCAAUCUGAUUAGUCUCAUUUCCUUACAGAAAUUCGCAUUCCAAGCACGUAUCCAGUUCCUUUUUAAAAAUUGUUGUUGGUGCUGAGCCCACCUUGCAGGCAGUGUAUUCCAAAUUUUAUCGAUUAUUUUUAAAUAAUCAUCUCCCCAUCUCAUUCUCUUGCCAAUUAGCUGAAAGGCUCCAUUUUUAAAUUUGUUCUCCAGAUGUGGGUGACCCUGCCAAGGCUGUGUAAGCUCUCCUUUCCUAUUUGGUCUAAGAAGGGAGCGACUUCCUUGUAAUGGCUCAGGUCCUUAUUGAUGGAAGUAUCCAUUUGAGAAUGGGUAACCCUGGGUCCUGAUCUGAUAUGGGCCAGGACACAGCAAACUGAUCCCAGUCCUUUUCGACUAACGCUGUACAAUCUUUUACAUUGCCCCGAGCGAGAAAAUAGAAACUUAAUUUAAAAUCCCAUCAGCAACAUUACUUCUGCUAAUGUGACAGUCCAUCAAAAGCCAUCAGCGUAGGUUAUAUAAUCCAGCACUGGAUUGGCCUUUAACCCGUCAUCUUGUGAGUUCAAGAACAGAAUGUUGCUGCUAAAGUUAUGUUGAUGUUCCGCUUUGUUCACUCCUGGAUUAAUGAGGGCUGACGCAUGGAUUUGGGAGUGCAGUCAGUGAGUGUGUCAGGGCAGAUUUUGCUGGUGAAGGUGUUAUCCUGUUGAGUGAGAGGAAUGCCUUACUCUCUUGGAACCCCUCUAUUGCUCUGAUAUGCAACUCGUCUCUAGUUUCUGAUCUUUUCCUUCAGUCAUGAGGUUUGGGUAAAUGGUGUGUGGACCAUUUACCUCAGUAAAUCCAGAUGGUAGCAACUGUAACAAAACCAUCUGGAUUGUUAGUUAUACUGAGCCUCUGGAUGUAUCUACAUUUGUUUUAUCUGUUCCCAGCAACUGCACACAUUGGGUUGGAAUUAUAAAUGGAGUUUCCCUUUAUAAAAAAAAAUGACUGCAGUUUUGAACCAGAUUACAGACCCUUCUACACUGCACAGAAUUGGAGAAGGUGGUCCUGAUCUGAAAUCUCCUUAUCAUUUAUCAUUUCCUUUUCCCUGCCCCCAGAUUGGUUGUCACAAUGCAUGGCGUAUAAGUGUUCUGCACCCAAGUUCAAAGAACAAUAAGGACCACAUCACCCAAACAUGGGUCUACAACCACGUCUGUCCAUGUGAUCUCAUUGGACUGGUAUGUGGACUGGACAAUACGCCAUCUAGUGAGAAGGAUAUGCAUCACGUUGUCAUGUCAUCUUUCCCACCCAUCAGGCACCAUUCACUUCCAUCGCUAGGUGACAGUACCCUGUUCAAGGUUCAUUUUAGAAUUCCUUCCCUUUUUUUGUUUAAAUCUACCUUUGUUGUAGAAGUUUGAGUUUGAUAUCUGGAAAACGAUAAGACAGUUCGGAAACACUUCGCUUCAUGGCUAAGACUGUUUGUGUUAAACGUGAUGUUCACUGAUCAUUCUAUGACCAGACCUCCAUUAACAUAGUGGAUCGCAAUAAAAAUACUUCAAAUAAAGAAUUACUUACA